UGCAGUUCAAGUAUGGUGAAGUUUGAAAGUAAACAACUUACCUUUUUGGUCGUUUAUGAAAAGUACAACAUUAAAUAUUGAGCUUGAAGUGUUAAAAAGAAAACCGAAAAAUAGUGAUGACCCGAACAAACAGAGCAGAUGGUGUACAACGGCUUCCACCGAACGUGGGGCGGGAAUGUUUACAAGAAAUAAAACAGGAAGAUCCACUCCAGCUAGCGCAGGAAGAUCUGCACGAGACCGACGAAGAAAAGCCACACAUAAUCGAAAAUGAUCCGAAUGGACCACCGGCAACAGUUUCUUCUUCGCCGAAAACUGAAGCACUGGAUGGAUGGCGCUCGCUAAUAUCUUCAGAAAGCGGUGUAGCCUUUGACCGCUGGUUUCAUACGAUUUCCGCUAGGCUAUCUACUUUGGAAAAGGCGUUUUCAUCACAGGCCAUUACAAUAGCAUUACUUACUGAGGAAAAGGAUCAGUUAAAAACAGCCAACGCUCGCAACGAAAGCUCAAUCGCGCAGCUAAGGAAAGAACUACAAAUGGCACAAAACAGCCAGCGGGCUCUUACAACCGAAAAGUCGAGUGACAAGGCUAGUCCAGCCAAACAGUUACAACAAGCAAGCAAUGUUCCCUUGGCACCAAGAUUAACCACUCUACCAAAUACUUCAGCAAAAGUGUUAACCACAGCACCCAGGCAAGCGAUUGGAAGUAGUGGACAAAUUCUUCGAAAUAACAUAGGUUGUAAAAGACAACGUCAAUCCUCUGCUACGCCGAGCAGCGAUGAUGAAACAAGGACAUCAGACAUCCCAUCUCCUAGAGCUUCUAGCUCCCCACCACCUCUCAGCCCAGUUGCAGCCGUACCUUCUACGAGCACCGAAGUGUUAGCGGAGGAGUUUUAUCUCGUACCAGUCAAAAAAUCCAAACCUCGAUCAAACAUCUCAGCUUCCAUACCAAAUAGUGAUUCACAGACCUUCAACUUUACAUUGAUAGCUAGUGUGGAGGAACUGAAGAAAUUUGAGGCCGAUCUUGGACAAGCAGAUGGAAUCUAUAGGCAAAAAGUUUACAAUUGGUUGAGAUCAUCCUUAACGCCUUGCGACUACUUUCGAACAUCUAUACACGAGGCAAUCGAUCUUUUAUUCUGCCGAAAAUUCUUCGCCAAAUUAAGCUGGUCAGGAAAUGGGGUUUGGAGUUUAAAAGAUAUCCCCUUUAGGGCAUACACCAACAUUGUUGAGCUAUUUGUUGAUGUUGCCAAAUCGAACGGCGCGAACCCAACGAGAAAGCAAAUCACAGACUACAUACAAAUUAAACUACGGCACGCCAGAAGGCGGACAGAUUGUACGAUGGUUGAACUAAAAAUGACCAACGCUCGCAACGAAAGCUUAAUUGCACAGCUUAAGAAAGAGCUACAAAUGGCACGAACCAGCCAACGGGCUCUUACAACCGAAGUGUCGAGUGACAAGGCUGGUCCAGCCAAACAGUUGCAACAAGCAAGGAACGUUCCCUUGGCACCAAGAAUAACGACUCUAUCAAAUACUUCAGCAAAAGUGUUAGCCAUAGGACAUUUAACAGGUGAAACAAGGACAUCCGACAUCCCAUCUCCUCGAGCUUCUAGCUCCCCACCACCUCUCAGCCCAGUUGCAGCCGUACCUUCUACGAGCACCGAAGUGUUAGCGGAGGAGUUUUAUCUCGUACCCGUGAAAAAAUCCAAACCUCGAUCAAACAUCUCAGCUUCCAUACCAAAUAGUGAUUCACAGAGCUUCAACUUUACAUUGAUAGCUAGUGUGGAGGAACUGAAGAAAUUUGAGGCCGAUCUUGGACAAGCAGAUGGGAUCUAUAGGCAAGAAGUUUUCGAUUGGUUGAGAUCAUCCUUAACGCCCUGCGAAUAUUUUCAAACACCCAUACACGAGACAAUCGAUCUUUUAUUCUGCCGAAAAUUCUUCGCCAAAUUAAGCUGGGCAGGAAAUGGGGUUUGGAGUUUAAAAGAUAUCCCCUUUAGGGCAUACACCAACAUUGUUGAGCUAUUUGUUGAUGUUGCCAAAUCGAACGGCGCGAACCCAACGAGAAGGCAAAUCACAGACUACAUACAAAUUAAACUACGGCAUGCCAGAAGGCGGUUAAGUUGUAAGAUGUUGAGAAAAUCUACCACGCAUAUACGCAAUCAGAAGAAAUAAACGCGUCUUACAUUAGAAGAUUAUAAAUACAUAGCAGUAUUUAAUUCAAUGGAAGGAUAAGUUUAAUAUUUAUCAAUGCAUUUCAAGUGAAUUAUUAUUAAGUAUGCACAACUGAUUCUCAAUUUAUUCUGUUUAUUAAUUCUAACAAUUUCGUACAAUUUGAUAGGGAUUUUUGAAAAGGAUUAAAGCAAGAAUGAUAAUGACUUUACGACUCUAAUUGACCGUAAUUACAAAGCAUUUGUUGCUUUUAAUGUUUUCGUUUACGUAGGCGAGGUUCAUUGUAUAUAUCUUUAACCUAAGAUUAAUUUAGAUUGAUUCAUGAAUCCCUUGGGAUUCCAAUCUGACAAAAAUAUGAAUCUUCAUGAUUCUCUUAUUAUCGUGGUUUAAGCGAUCAAAAGGGGCUCCUGCAGCAUAGGUUACUUAGA